AUGUGGUUGCCGGGAGGGCGAGGGGUUAUCUGGCGGAUAAGGCCGAAAAACCCAAAAUUAAUUGUGAUAGUCGCCGGAGCAGGCCUGGUCGCGCUUGCCUUCUGCCCCCCACCGCUCGUCGGCUGCCUGUGUGCUGCCCGUGCCCCGCUGCCCGCUGCCCUCCGCCCCGCGCCGCACGCCGCCCGCUCCACCGCCCCGCUCGCCGGCAACUCGACUGCCCGUUUGAUCACCGCGCCCAAUCGAUUGAAAACCGGACUCGGACCACCCUCGUCGUCGCCCCAUGGAUCCACAGCUCGACUCGGCUCCAGAAUCAAAAACACCAGGCCAAAGCAACCUGUCGUCCGCGGGGCCCGCGCCUGCACCGUAUGCCGUGCUGCAAAGAUGAAGUGCGUCGGUGCAGAGGACGGCCAGAGACAGUGUCAGCGCUGCAAGCGCGCCAAUGUCGAGUAUGUCCUCUUUUUCUUCCCUUUCAACCAACCAUCCCCUCACCCAGCACCCAGCUGCAUUUUCGAAAAGCACAGACGCGGCCGGAAACCAGGUUCAAAGUUGUCCGAGGCCUCCAAAAUGCUUCGUCGCCUGGAGAAGGGCCUCAACUCGGCCAAAAUCAAGUCCCAAUCCACAGAGGCAACCUCUCCCUACUCCGACGAACUGCGUCCCACCUCCAUCCCAGAAACGUCCUAUUCUGUCGGCAGUUCUGCCGAAGCAUCUUACCCACCUCCAAACCCUCAUUUUUCCUCCGCCGAUAUCCAGCCCCAACCUCUUCCGUCCUACCAGGAGGACAGUGCUUCUCACAACCUCGACAUGGAGGAUGACGAUGAUGACCUCGAUCGAACCGACGAAGCCUUUUACCCAGCCAAACUCAUCAAGAGGGAAAACCAGCGCAACUCGUUCUUCAGAACAAUACUCAACCCAGAAGAGACUCCAACUGCUGCCCCUCGUCGAAGCAGUUCCCUCACUCCUCCUCAACAUGUGUCACCCGCACCCACUGGUUUAAGUGAUCCGAUCACGGCUGGUAUCAUUACAGAAGACGACGCAAAGAUGCUAUUUGACGCUAUUUUCUUGCGCCUCAAUCCCUUUGUCAACCUCCUCGAUCCCGCUCUGCACACUGUCUCCUACGUUCGUUCCAAAUGCCCCUUCCUCUUCACCACUCUCGUCAUGGCCGGCUGCAAAUUCUUCAAGGCAGAAAAAUUCAAACAAUGCCAAAAGCUGGCAAACGAGUUUGCCGUUCGGGCUUUCGCCGAGUGCUGGAAGCGUGUCGAAGUCGUACAAGCUUUCGCGUGCAUGACAUAUUGGAAAGAACCCGACGAUAGCAGGACCUGGACAUUUAUUGGUUAUGCAUGUCGUAUGGCCGUUGAGCUCGGUCUCAACCGUUAUGUUGCUAAUCCAUCCCCCACGGAGACCGACUUCCAACGGCUCGAACGCCGUAACCGGGAACGCACUUAUCUCGUUCUCUUCGUUCAUGACCGAAGCUUGAGUAUGCAAACCGGUCGACACUGGAUGCUUCCGGAAGACGAACUCGUCAGAAAUGCAAUGACAUGGCAUGAGGCAGGCGGCGGUGUCGUCCGGCCAGAGGACGUGGUCAUUGCUGCUUUUGUCGUGUUGCGCCGAAUAGCUGCCGAGACCACGGAUAUUUUCUACAGCACCAAGGGUUCAUUGGCCAACAGCAAUUCUGAUAUUAAUUAUGAGGUCGUUCUUUCCAACUGCAAUGCCCGCCUGACCCAAUGGGACAACACCUGGCGACACGAAAUGGAAAAGGCCGGAGGAGAAAAAUUCCACUUUUCAUUCCUCAGCUUUUUCCGACUCUAUGUCAGGCUGUUUCUGAACAGCUUUGGGAUCCAAGCGUCUCUGCUUCCUGGAAGCCGCCAACCUCCGAGCUUGCAGGCACUUACAAUGUGCUGUACAAGUGCUUUGGACUCUCUAAGGAUCAUAUCUCAGGAUUUUCAUGAUAUGCAUCGCUACGGCCAAGAUUCCAUCACCGUGAUGACAGCAUACUCCGCUGUCUUUCUACUGAGGCUCCUUCGAGGGCCCACCACUGGAAACCAAUUGGGCCCCAACGCAGCGCAUGAAAUCCAUACUCUAAUCUCCCAAACCGCCGACUCGUAUCACGAGGCGUCUUCUUCAUCACAUUCGCCGGUGUCUAUCUCUGCGUCAUACCAUGCCCGGUUCCUUCGCGCGCUAGUCGCCAAUGAUAUUUUUAAAGCCCGGCGACAUGAGCGGGAACGGAACGACAACAGUAUGCCGAUUGAUCCCCGACUUCAAGGUCCUCCGCAGACACAUGGCACAAUUCAGACUUCGCCGACUUCUCAGGUCUACUCUCCUCAGGUUCACCGGGUGGUUGAGCAACCGCCGCAGACCUUCCAAUUUCCAGCUUCACCUCACCUACCUGCACACCCACACGCAACCCCUCAUGCCCAGGAGUACCAGAUGGAGGUGCAGGCAAGACACACCAUGGGCAACGGGCAAACGAAUGCCCCUGUUCACUAUCCCAACGGUUAUGUGCCCAGCACACCGCAGCAUGCUUCCGAGCUUGAUGCUCACUAUUGGAAGAACAUGUUCCUCGAGCUUGGGUUUGGAGAAGGUGUUGACCCCAACACCAUGCCGAGCGUGAUUCCGAAUAACAAUAGCACGAACAUGAAUCGAGCCAUGCCGCAGCAACAGCAGCAGUAUAUGGAUGUACCCCAGCAUCACACCACUCACCCACACCAGCAGCAACAUCACCCACACCACCAACAACCUAUGCACUCUCACCCACACCAAGGUAUGCCACCGCAGGGACAGAUCCAUUACCAGAACAUGCACCCCGCCUACGGGCACUGA